CCAUAGGUGCUCGUCGCAUCUACACUGUGUUGUACUACAGUAUAGCCUGUCACCACAUUGUGUCCGCGUUCCACACUGGCAUGGGUCAUUGCUCGAGACGAUCCGACUCGCUGCUGCUCCUUCGUUCUCGGUGCUUCCCAUCCUUUGGCUUCCCGGGCGUGAUUCGUCCUCCCGCCCUUGCGCGCGAACGCGCAAAUCGUCGCCCACUCUGGUCAGGCAGGCGAGGACAUCUCCGCCAUGAGCUAUCAAUAUGAUUAUCACCAUCCUCCACCACCGCCUCCACCUCUCACUCCAGGCUCUGCGGGUUUAGGUCCUGGUCUCAGUCCGGGUGGACAUCCCAUUCAGAGACGGCGACCCAUCUCUGGCAUCCAACCGCCAGCCAUCGCGACCAACUUCGCGGGUGGUAGUCCGACAAUCGGACAAGGUGGUUUUUCUUCAUAUACGCCAGCAUCCGCUUCGCCUUGGAGCAGCGGUGGUCACAACGCGCCACAAAGUCAAUUCGCAAUUCCUGGUACCCCAAUGGAGCCGUACAAUCCCCGACAAUGGGGCAAUCGCGGAGGGCAGGUCUCAGGGCAGCAGAUGUUGUUUCAGCAACAACGUCCCGGGAUCGCGCCGCCGCCGAGCACUUCGGAGAUAACUGGCAUGGAAGCCGCAAUGCCUUCUCCGCCGCCUCCAUACACACCGAGCAGCCCGGAUGCGCCUCAUCGUGGUGGAAUGUCUUCCGCGGCCAUGGAGAACAUUGGAACCGUGGUGUCACCACUUGCGACUGAACCUCCCGCUCGCCAAUCACCACAAAUCUCCGUCUCGCCUGCCUUUCCUCCACCUCCAGGACCAUCGUCGCGACAUCGAGAAAGAUCGAGCUCAGGAUUAGCCGGACAACGAGGGUUCUUUGGCCUAUCGGGAUUACGUGGGAAACAACCCGAACCGGCACCGACCAGUGUUCCUGCGGCACCUCCGGUAUUGGACAUGCGACCGCCGUCGGCUAGGAGAGCGGCGUCUACGGGGCAUAUGAUGUCACAUGGCAUCGUGGCAUCAUCUUCAUCGUCACCAGCAGGGCCGGCAAGGCGUGAUUCUCCAGAAAGUGGAUGGCAGCCUGGAAUGCCGCUGCCCGGGCCCCCUCCUCGGCCCCCAUCGUCUGACCGCUCGCAAAGCCUGAGCCGACCACUGGGAGGCGCCGGUUCGAGCAGCACAGACCCGCAUCGCCAACUUGAAGCGCCUCGAACACGACGACCGCUGCCAACAUCGAACCUCGGCCCAGUACCACCUACGCCAGCAGACUGGGUCGUCGGCGCUCCCAACCCACCCAGUGCACCUAUGCCGGAGCGCCCACAUCUUCCCGUUGACGGUGCGACGAUGGAGCCACUGAGGAUCGAUACCACCAGUCACCGUGAGCCGUCUCAUCGCGAGCCGUCACUGACACGACGUCCUGCACAACGCGGUGAAAGUGCUUCUGGUCUGCGCGAUCGCCGAUCCCGAAGUCGGGCACAGCGAGGUGAUGAAGAAGGCGCUGGACCGAGUAAUUUGGUUUUUUCGCCAGUCGAAGGGUCUAUUAGUCGGCGACGUGAACAUGCGAGAACCCGGUCGCAUUAUGUGGAGCCUCAUUCCGCCCCCAGUACUAGCACAACUAUGAAAGUAAACGGACCUUCGCCUGCCACUACCAAACCUGGGGACAAUGUCCUCACUCCUCCUUAUACCCCAGCCGUGGGCAGAAAUGUCGACGAGCAAUUGCGAAAGCAGGUUCUUAAGGCACCCGGAAGCGCUACCAGCGACCGAGCUGUGACACACCUAAUCCCGAUGCCGAACGAGGAUGCAAAUGGGUCAGUCACUCCAGGCAGGCCUCCAAGUGCUGGAUUCAGACCGCCUACGGCUAAACUGGAUUCAUUUGCAUUACAAGCGAUCGAAAGACAUCGUCAUUUUGUAGAACAGGAGAUUAAUGCUCGAACCGAUGAGGAGCGCCUGGAGUUGUUCGCCAACUUCAUGGUGCAUGAGUCUCGCAUUCGGCGGGAUCGAUACCCAUCAGCAUACAAUGCCAUGGCUGGUGAAAUCGUUGAUCUCAUGCGUGACAUGUGGCGAUCAUUUACCAAGAAUGGACGACGUACGGGAACGCCGAGUACUGGUAUGUCUUCGUAUGAUCCAACUGUGCCUUCAUCACAGCCCGGUUCAGCCAGAGGAUCAUCGUUUGGUGAUUGUACACCUGGAACCGAUGGUGCUUCAAACGGAGACCCCAACGAGCACAACGACCGGUCUGAAGGUAGGCAAUGGCCCGAGGCUUUCAAGCCGUCCCUCUCCCCUAUUCCUAGCAUGGCUGUCAGCACAGCACCGGACGAAUCGGAUUCUCGAGGCCGUUCUGCAAGCCGUUGGUGGGAGCAAAGCGUUACUGGUCCGGGAUCAAUCGGUAGACCCGACCGAAUGGAGAAAACUCGGCGCGAGACCAAAUACAUGGGCAUCACUGCAGCAGCGCUCCGCGAUUCGAGCCCGGAUCCCUCCCGGCAUACACCGAAUGGACAGAGGAAUGCCCCGGCGUCCGGAUAUGGUCCAGAUGAGUAUCCGCCAGAGAAGGUUGGGUGGCACGACAGCUAUGAUUAUGAUACACCUAUGCCUACACCACAUCAAAAUGAUCGCAUUGCCAACACACCUGGCGUAGAUCCUUUGGACGUCUCUCGUUUGGUCACCCUUCCACCGCCUUAUCCGCGCCAUCAUCCGGCUUUGAGCAACAACCAUCCACUGCUGGCAGACCUUCGGAAUGAGCACCGCAUCCUCAUACAACGCGACGAUAUUCAGAAGAUCAAGGACACAUACAAUGAUAAAGAUGCAGCUCUUCUUCAGGAACAAGCCGAGGCGAGCAAACAAAGACGAGCGAAAUUGCGUGCCAGCAUACAAAGCAAAAUUGCGGAUGGUAGCAUGUCGUUUGCUGAUGCAGCCAAAGCGGAAGCUGAUUUCGAGACGGAAGAAGGAGAGAAAAGCAAAGUUACGGCUCGAGCGAAUUUCGAUGUGUUUGAGGCCAGCGUAUCUCAUCCCCUGAACACUUUACUGCAAGAGCGUCUGAACAAAGCAAAUCAGUGCAUUCAACAGUUGACGACAGACUUGGAAAGCGGCGACGAAGCAGCAAAUCCCAAUCAAGCCCAAGAAGAGGGCGACGAACGACCAGAACGACUCGAGAAAUUGACUCUGCUGAAAUGGUUCUUUGAAGCUCGCGAAUUAUUACACAAAGAAAUGUUUGAUCUUCAUGGUAUGCGAAGUGAAAAAUAUGCCGAAGUCAUCCUCACACCUUAUCGCCUGGCCAAACAGCAAUCCAAGAUCGACGAAGCUGCUGCUUUCUUCGAAAAGGAUGGCCGAGAGCGUCAAAUUACCUUGGCCAAAGAAGCACUCAAGCGGUCAGAAGAGCUCCAAGCCGUCGUCGACAGGAAUGUCACUCGCGGCGUAGAAGACCAACUUUCCGCAUUCUGGGACAUUGCACCUGGUCUGCUGGAAAUUGUGCAACAAAUCUCCACCGACGAUGUGGAAAGCUUGGAGAUCCUCAUCCCUCCCCAGGAAUAUGCCGAAAACCCGGCCUAUCACGAGCACCCACUCCAAUACCUCUACAGCCUUCUCAAUCACGCCCACAAGAGCGCCUAUCAAUUCAUUGAGUCGCAGAUCAACCUCCUCUGUCUACUCCAUGAGGUCAAAACUGCAACGACGACAUCCUCCCUUCGCCUCGUGGAAAUGGAACGUCAUGCUGCUGUUCCUGCAGCCACCGCGGCGACUGCCAUCCCGGAAAUCACCGCGGAGAUGAAACAGGCGCGGAGAGAGGCCGAAGGACAUCUCACAAGCGACCUGAAAGAAAAGGUUGGUGACGUCGAGAGGCAGUGGAAUGAAGCGCUGGGCGAAGGCAUGGCAGAAUGUCGCGCACGUGUUGGCGGUUUCCUCGAAGAGAGUGGUGGGCUGGAAGAUGGUCUAGAGGUGUGAUGAUGGUUCCUUCUAUUUGUAUAGAUAUAUUGUACAGCGUUCUGAGCGAGAGGGGUCAAAUUUUGCUACGUUGCUUACUACUCGAGAUUCCCAGAUAUGAGGCCCACAGGACUUGAAUCGAUCGAUACCCGGCGCCGAACAAUGCAGUCUAUCAUGUAGGUGCUCAUGCUGUUGCUCUAUUCACUAGAUUAUCUCGGAAACCCUCAAGCCGAUUCUAUUGUACCAGUGUGGUGCUGCUUGUACUGCUCUUAGCUCACGCUAGAGGCUUGAGUAAAUGCCGCGCCAUGCCAGCGAGAUAUCCUGAUCCGAUGACCAGCACUACGCCAUCUGUACUACUCUCCUCCUCGGAGAUAUAUCGCAGCACCUCUACCACAG